UCACGUUGGCUACAAAUUCAGAAAUCUAACCUAGAAUUUAAAUGCUCAUUACGACAAUUAUUAUGAAAAAAGGACUGAAAAUUAAAUAAAUAUUACAUAGUUAACGACAAUUACUCAUAAUGUGAUAUUAGACAGUUAAAACAUAAACGCCAACCAAAGUACUACUAAAAACAUUUUGAAUGAAAAACCAAGUCUGUGGCAAAAUUCAGCGAAACCCACUCAAAUAUGUCUUCUUCAGACUCUGAUGGUUCUGUCGAGUACGAGAAUUAUUAUUUAAAAUUUUACGAAGAUCAGAACAACGGGCCCCCUUUGAUUAAAAAAAAAAGUCGUUUAAUCGCCGCCGUCGUCCAAAACCAAGUGGACGUCCUCAGCGACCUCCUCGAUUCUCCCAGGUGGUACAACGUUCGAGACUCUUGCGGUUACAGUUUACUUCAAAUAGCAAUUCUUACAGACAACAUCGAAGUUUUUGAUUAUAUGUUAUCCAUCCCGGAUUUUCCCAUUGAGUUCGUGAACAGAGAAGGCCUAACAGCGUUGGUAGUUGCACUUGAUUGUUUUGUGAGUAAUAACGAUACUUGGAUGAGGGAGCAUUUUGCAUAUGAACUAAUCAAAAAAGGUGCCAGCAUUGAUAGAGUUUAUUUUCACGGGGAUACACCAUUACACCGUACCUUAGAUCGUGGUUACUAUAAAGCAGCUAAGCUUCUUAUAGAACGGGGGGCUGAUGUUAAUGCUCCCAAUCGGGAACAAGACACCCCUCUUACCAGAACCUUGUACAAAGAUGAAAGUGAACUAAUGAUGACUCUGUUGGUGUAUGGAGCACAACCUACAGUCCUUAACUUUGAACAAUCUGUUUUAUAUGGUAACUCUUUUGAAAUACAAGAAAUUUUAUUUUUGUACAUUUAUGAUGAGUACUCGAACUUGGAGUUGCACCUGGAUGUAUUGCUAACGCUUGCUGAGGCGAAAUCACCAUUGUUCUACCACAUUAUUAAAUGCCCUAUUAAAAUAACAAUUCAGUAUGAGUCUUUAAGUCUCUACUUUCGCUUUUUGUGUUCCAUAAGCAUUGAUUGUCUGCAUCUCGUUAUUCAAAAAUUUGGCCACUAUAUGAAUAAGGUGUUUUCAAGAAAAAUAUUUUCAGAAUCUUAUUACGAGGGUGGCGAGGGUAAGGUUAUUUGUUUAAAAAACUUAAAUGUGAUACUUGAAAGCGAAUUAAGACCAAGUGUGAUAACUUUUAUUAAUAAUGUGAAUAGUACCGAGAUAUUUGAGGAUUUGAUAGAACUAGGGUAUGAUGAAAAUGCCGUAACUCCACUCUACUGUUAUUUAUUAAGUUAUGGUUUGAAUGUUCAAGAGUUAGAUUUGCAUUAUGUAUAUGAUUUGUAUGGUUAUUGCGAAUUGUUUAAAAUUCUUUUGCACAUGGACAUACAGAAGGGCGUUAUUCUGGAAGGUUACAUAAAAAAGGCGGUGCCUGCUUUCGUGUAUGAUAUUAAUAUGAAUGUAGAACGUUUUCUCCAAGAACAGAGUGAUUAUGAUGCGGAUAGUGCUUAUCUAUUACGACGUUAUUUCGUCCAUCCGAAAUUAAAUGAAAUUUGUUACCAGAUUAAUCAAAUGAUUGGUUAUUCAGAGGUACAGAGUUUUCAAAAAAUCCCCCUGUUGGUAGAACUAGCGCGAAAUGUUUUUAGGGAGUUUUUUGUAAACAAGUUUAACAUUAAAACGUGCAAAGAGUUUUAUUCGAGACUCAACGGCCUGCCAAUUAGUAACGUACACAAAAAGAUUAUUACAUAUGAAACAAAAUUGUAUUAAAAAUAUUUUAUAGUGAUAUUUCUAUUUUUGUUACUAGUAAGUGGAA